AUGGACCCAGAAGAUAUAAAGGAGCUGACGGAAACGAUCAGCGAGUAUAAGGAGGCGAUGGCCAAGCCGUACGCUGCCAUCCGACGGCUCGGUUUCGCCAUCCGCUUGGGGCUCCUGUUGGACUACUGGGUUCCUCGCUUUCCGCACCCGGGUCUCUCCGCCAGCCCGGAUCCAGCUCCACCUCCGGGACCAGCACCCCCAACCGUCCCUCAGCAGCACCCACCAGUCCAUGUGUCUGUGAUGAAGAAAGAGGAGAGGGAACCAAGCAGCAGCCAGAAAACCUUCAUGCCAAAGUGGGGAGAUAAUGAAAAUCCAAACAACAUCAGAAUUGUUCUGAUCGGGAAGACUGGCACUGGAAGGAGUUCAACAGGAAACACCAUCCUGGGAAGAAAAGAGUUUGAAGCAAAAUUGAGUCAAAAAUCUGUCACAAAGGAAUGUGUAAAGAAAAAGACUGAAAUAGAUGGACGGUCAGUUUUUGUGGUUGACACACCUGGACUUUUUGACAACAGUUUGAGUCUUAAACAGACUCAGGAUGAGCUGGUGGAGUGUGUUACCCUGGUAGCUCCAGGUCCUCAUGUCUUCCUGCUGGUUGUACAGAUCGGCAGAUUCACACCAGAGGAGAAGGAAACGGUAGAAAUGAUCAAGAAAAUCUUUGGGAAGAAUUCAGAGAAGUUCACCAUCGUUCUUUUAACUAGAGGAGAUUUGUUAGAGCAAGAUGGCAUCACUGUUGAAGAUUAUAUUGAAAAGGAAAGUGAUGAUUCUUUGAAGAAUCUGAUCACUGACUGUGGAGGAAGAUACCAUGUGUUUAAUAAUAAGGAAGGAGAAAAUCGUUCUCAGAUCAGAGAGCUGGUCAGAAAGAUCGAUGACAUGGUGAAAGAAAAUGGAGGAAGUUUCUACACCAAUGAGAUGCUGCAGGCGGCUGAAGCUGCUAUACAGAAGGAAAUGCAGGGAAUUGGAAAUCAGAGAGAAGAAAUAAACAGAAAGGUGGAAGAACUCGACAGAAAACAUGCAGCAGAAAAAGAGGCCAUGAAAAGAAGACUGGAAAAGGAAACUGAACAGCAGAAAAACAUUCUAGAUGAAAUGAAGGAAAAUAUCAGGCUAGAAAAUGAGAAAAGAAAGAAAGAUCAGGAAUAUAGAGAAAAAGAAGAGAGAAGAAGGGAAAUGCAAGAAGAAAAGGACAAGAUGCAGUUGAUGGAUGAGCUGGCAGAGUUGGAGAAAAGUAUGAAAUCACUAGCGAUAAAGAGACGAGAACUGGAGGAGAAGCAAAGGCUGAUGGAGAAAGAACAACGAGAGUGGUGGAAAAAAAGACGUGAGGAAGACAAACAGAUACAGCAGAGGGAGGAGAUGAGAAUGAAUAACCUCCUAGAAGAAUAUGAAAAGGAGAAUGAAAAAUAUAGAAGGAUGGAAGAAAACAUUUGAAGAGAACUCGGAGAACUGGAGAAGCACCAGAAUAAUCUGGAAGACAAGAAACAGAAACUCUUUGAAGAAGUUAUGAAAUGAGUAGGGCUGAGAGGAAAGGUUAAACCUU